UAUUACGAUAGUAAAUCAUAAUCGAUAUACAUACAUAAUUUCUUCCGAUCGAUCUAUCGUAUCGUAGAAGUGUCAGUUUUAGGUGGGAAGCACAGGAAGAAGAAGCGUAAACGUUUCAUCUAGAAGUUAUCAGGUUCUUCAUUCGUUCCUCUUCUUCCCGUAACCUGGAAAGGACUUUAACGAUGCUUCAGAGCCAACUUCAACUCGAAUCGUGAAACAAGAACAGAUACUGGUUCGCCAACCGAAACUUGCGUAAGAGAAGAAAUGGAUGCGAUCAAACCUGGAUGGUUCAGUGAAAUUAACAACGAUCUGUGGCCAGGUGUUUCAUUGUCUCUCGAAGUCCUCGAUGUAAUUCAUCGAGAACAAUCGGAGUAUCAAGAGGUGAUGGUGAUCGACACGAAAUCACACGGAAAGACCCUAAUUUUAGACGGUAUCAUACAAUGCACGGAGAAAGACGAAUUUUCGUAUCAGGAGAUGAUCGCAUUUCUACCGUUGUGCAGCCACCCAAAUCCGAAAACUGUGUUAAUAGUUGGAGGUGGUGACGGCGGGGUUGCUCGUGAAGUUGCGAAACAUCCGCUAGUAGAACGAAUCGUACAAGUCGAAAUCGACUCGAAAGUACUAGAGGUAUCCAGAAAGUAUUUGCCUACGAUGGGUGUGGGACUCGAUCAUCCUAAAGUCACCCUUAACGUGGGCGAUGGCUUCCAGUUCUUGCAGCAGCACAGUGGAGAAUUUGACGUUAUAAUUACUGAUAGUAGCGAUCCUAUCGGUCCGGCAGAGUGCCUAUUCCACGAAUCGUACUUCAAUUUAAUGAAAAAUGCGUUGAAACCUGGUGGAAUCGUUUGCAGUCAAGCAGGUACUGCAUGGUUGAAUCUCAGCCAUGUGACACAAACUUUGCAACAUUGUAAGUCCUUAUUUCCGGUUGCAACUUAUGGUAUUGUUUCCGUGCCUACCUACCCCACAGGACAAAUUGGAUUCGUCCUUGGAGGAUUAAACCCUGAAACGAACUUCAAAGAACCGACGAAGGUUUUCAGUCACAGCGAACUCGACGAAAUGAACAUGAAGUAUUAUGACGACGAUGUGCACCGAGCCGCCUUCAUUCUCCCAAGGUUUAUAAUAAAAGCAUUGAACGAGGUCGUCGCUACAAAAUAGUCGUUAAAUCUUUUCUCACAGUUUUUGAUGCACCAUCGCUACAGAUGUGGCGUCGAAAUUAUCAAGAUCUUUUUAUAUCUCUUGAAUUCAUAUUAUCGUGUAUCAUUGUUUACUCAAUUCAAUUCAAUCAAGCUAUCCGCCUGAAAAGUAGACUAAAUAAUUCAAUAAAUUGAAAUAGAAUGUCCUGUUUAAAUCAUACACUUCACACUUUUGUCUUACAUGCACAUGGAAACAUACAUUCUUAAUGAUACAUCAAUGAAAUGUUAGAAAUUCUUUAUUAAUUUCAAUGUAAGUAAAGCUAAUAUAUCUAUAUUUGUAAAUGUUCUGUAGUAAUAUAAUUAUAAUAAAACGAUAUCCAUCAUCGUGAUCAUCUCCUAACUAUAUGUAGCACAUACAUAUGUAGCAGCAUUAUAACUAACGAUAAGAAUAAAUCAAUACUAAUAUAAUGUAAUUAAUAUAAUAUAAUAUAAUAUAAUAUAAUAUAAUAUAAUAAUGUAAUAUGAUAUUACAAUUUGUAACAUUCCACGAUAAAACUUAAUCGAUUGUACUAAAUAUAACGAUUAAAAAUAUCCUGUAUAUAAAUCUGAAUCAUCAAAAACCAAUGAAUACAAAGCUUUAAAAACUAUCGAUUUUUCUCUCUCGUUGCUCUUUGUUUCUUCUUAAUAUAUUAACGGCACAUAUAUAUUUAAUAUAUAAUAUAUGUAGAUAAUCUAUAUAUUGUGUAAUUCCUUCCGUUUAUAUUUAUAUUUAUACAUAUAAUUUCCUAUAUAUCAUGGCACACACCUAUAAGUAUAAUGUAUACGUAUAUAAAAUAAAAACACGAUUGACAAUCGUUCUGAAAAUAUAUAACACUAAAUGCAAUAAUGUAUACAUACAUAUAUAUAUAUCUGUAGAUCCCUUUGCAAGAGUUCGAUAAUACAAAUUUAUCUCUUCGCUUGUUUUUUCUUUUUGAAAACGAUCUUUUUAUACAAAGGGAUUCUUCGUUCAUCUUGUUUCCUUUUUCUUUUUUUUUUCAUUUUUCGUUUUAUAAUUAUACUAU